AUGGCAGGAAAUGAAGAUUCCCCUUCUCACACUGUGUCUGCACAAGAAAUUCAGGAAGUGCGUGCACAAAUGCAACAAUUGAUGCAAGGGAUGCAAGUGCUUCAACGAUCACUACAGCAGCAACAUGGGGAGCAUCCACCUCAUGAUGAUGAACACAUUGAGGAUGAUGAUCAACAUGCCGGUGGCGGUGGUGGUGGUCGUGGCCGAGGAUUCGCUGCUGGUUUUGAUAACUUUGCAGGUGGCCGUGGCCGAGGAUUUGCUGCUGGUUUUGGUCGUGCACGACGUGUUCCCGUUGGGCAUCCUCCUGAUCUUGAUGCUGAAACAUUUUCAAAUUAUAGUGCUGAACAUGGAGGUGAUCCUUAUGGUCGCCGUGGUGCAUAUGAUGAUCAUGGUGGUGAUAACUUUGGCCGUUUUGGAGCCCGUGGUCGUUAUGGUGAUCACCGUCGACGUCAUCAUGAACGACGUCACAAUGAUGAUGGUUUGGGCAAGGUUAAAGUGUCCAUUCCUCCAUUCAGCGGCAAGGAGAAUGCUGAUGAUUACUUUGAAUGGGAAACCAAAGUGGAGCAACUAUUUGAUUUGUAUGAAUACCCUGCUGAAAAGAAGGCAAAGCUUGCAGCCAUUGAGUUUAAAGGUUAUGCCAUAACUUGGUGGAAUCAGGUCCGUACUGAAUAUCAAAGAGUUGGGCAUGAUCGUAUAACUUGGGAAGACAUGAAGAGGGAAAUGAGACGUCGUUUUGUUCCUGCAUAUUAUUCUCGUGAUCUACAUUUGAAACUGAAACGUCUUGUGCAAGGUACUCGCAGUGUUGAUGAAUAUUUUCAGGAAUUGGAAAUGUGCUUACUUCGUACAGGGAUAACUGAGGAUGAGGAAUCAACAAUGGCUCGGUUUCUGGUUGGCCUCAAUAAACCCAUUGCUGAUAAAGUGGAUAUGACAAAUUACACUUGUCUCACUGAGUUGGUUCAUUUUGCAAAGAGGGCUGAACGACAAGUUGCUACGUCUUACAAAUACAAUGCUUCAUGGCGUCAUUCCCAACAGCAAGGAGAUGUCACUCCUCAAUUCCAACAGCAAGAAGCUGCAACGCCCAAAUCCUCAUCUCGUGGAACAAAUAGAUCCAUUCCACCUUCUUCCAAACAAUUGGAUACGAAAGGUAAAGCUGUGAGUUCAAAUCAGCCCACUUCUUCUACUGCAGCCACCCAACGCAAGACAAGCAAGAUUGAGUGUUUUAAGUGUGGUGGUCAUGGGCAUAAACAAGCUGAAUGUCCCAAUCGUCGUACUAUUAUUGCCCUUGCUGAUGGUUCUUAUGAUUCACAAAGUGAAGAGGAGGAUGAGCUUACCAAUCCUUCUACAAUGAAUACACCAUCUCCUUCUUUGGUGGUUAGGAGAGUUCUUUCCACUCAGUUUGUUGCUGCUGAACAAGGACAACGCCAUAAUUUAUUUCAGUCCCGAUGCAAAGUACAAGGCCAAGUGUGCCGUUUCAUCAUAGAUGGUGGGAGCUGCAAUAAUAUUGUUAGUGCUUUGCUUGUUGAGAAGCUUGGUUUGCAGCCACGUCGCCAUCCACAUCCGUACCAUAUGCAAUGGCUGAAUAAUUCCGGGACAGUUAAGGUUUCAGCCAUGAUUCGUUUGUCAUUUUCCAUUGGUGAUUAUCAUGGAGAGGUGGAUUGUGAUAUUGUCCCCAUGCAAGCAUGCCAUUUGCUGCUUGGUCGGCCCUGGCAAUUUGAUGACUUCGAAGAUGUUUUUCCUGAUGAGAUACCAGCUGGACUUCCUCCACUCCGUGGAAUUGAGCAUCAAAUUGAUUUGGUACCAGGUGCUUCGCUUCCAAAUCGUCCAGCCUACCGCACCAAUCCUGAAGAAACAAAGGAAAUUCAGCGACAGGUAAAAGAGCUUUUGGACAAAGGGUAUGUUCGUGAAUCCUUAUCACCAUGUGCAGUUCCCGUUCUUUUAGUCCCAAAGAAAGAUGGCUCUUGGCGUAUGUACCGUGUUGUUUUCCUUGGCUUUGUUGUUUCCGCAGAUGGUAUUCAGGUUGAUGAAGAGAAGGUUAAAGCAAUAAAGGAUUGGCCUACACCGGUAAAUGUGAGCCAAGUUCGAAGCUUUCAUGGUCUUGCAGGUUUUUACAGGCAUUUUGUUAAAGAUUUCAGCAUGAUCGCUGCACCCCUCAAUAAUUUGACAAAGAAGGAUGUUCCAUUCAAGUGGGGAGAUGAACAAGACCAAGCCUUCAAUGAGCUAAAAACAAAGCUUUGUGAAGCACCGCUGCUACAACUUCCUGAUUUUGGUAAGACAUUUGAGAUCGAAUGUGAUGCAAGUGGUAUUGGCAUAGGAGGUGUACUGCUGCAAGAAGGUAAACCUGUUGCCUACUUUUCUGAAAAGUUAAAUGGUCCACAUCUGAAUUACUCGGUUUAUGACAAAGAGCUUUAUGCCUUAGUUCGUGUUUUGGAAGUUUGGCAACAUUACUUGUUACCUAAAGAAUUUGUAAUCCAUUCUGAUCAUGAAGCUUUGAAAUAUCUUAAAAGUCAAGGCAAGCUGAACCGUCGACAUGCUAAAUGGAUUGAGUUCAUUGAAACGUUUCCCUAUGUUGUCAAACAUAAGCGUGGUAAAGAUAACAUUGUUGCCGAUGCCUUGUCUAGAAGAUGUUGGGAUAAAUAUUAUGUGCAUGAUGGCUUCUUGUUUCGGACUAACAAAAUAUGCAUUCCAGCUUGUUCGAUUCGUCAAGUUCUUUUGCAAGAAGCACAUGCAGGUGGACUAGCUGGUCAUUUUGGUGUCAAAAAGACAUUGGACAUGCUCUCUGAUCAUUUCUUUUGGCCACAUAUGCGACGUGAUGUCCAGCGGCAUGUUGGGUGCUGCAUCGUUUGCUUGAAAGCUAAGUCCCGCCUCCAUCCCCAUGGCUUAUAUACUCCAUUACCUAUUCCACAUGUACCUUGGGAAGAUAUAUCUAUGGACUUUGUUCUGGGGUUACCUCGGUCUCAGAGGGGGAGGGAUUCUAUUUUUGUUGUUGUAGAUCGCUUUUCUAAAAUGGCACAUUUUAUCCCAUGUCAUAAGAGCGAUGAUGCUUCACACGUUGCUGAUUUAUUUUUCAGGGAGAUCGUUCGUUUACAUGGAGUUCCAAAGACUAUUGUUUCAGACCGGGAUACAAAAUUUCUCAGCUACUUUUGGAAGACAUUGUGGGCUAAGCUUGGCACCAAGUUGUUAUUUUCAACCACUUGUCAUCCACAAACGGAUGGGCAAACUGAAGUUGUCAACCGUACCUUGUCAACCAUGUUGCGUGCUGUGUUGAAAAAGAAUUUGAAGCUCUGGGAAGACUGCCUUCCACAUGUCGAAUUUGCUUAUAACAGGGCAGUCCAUUCUACAACAAACUCUUGUCCAUUUGAAAUUGUUUAUGGGUUUAAACCGCAUACUCCCAUGGAUCUUUUGCCUUUACCAUUACAGGAACAACCAGGAGAUCUUGUAUGGUUGCAUCUACGAAAGGAUCGCUUUCCCCAACAGCGUAAGAGUAAGUUAUCUCCUCGGGGUGAUGGUCCGUUCAAGGUUCUCCAAAAGAUAAAUGAUAAUGCUUACAAAAUU